AUACUAGUAUAACAUAUGAAUGUGUUUAAUAGUAUAAGAUCUUCUUUCCUACUUUACUUACCAACUACUCUGACAAGAUUUACCAAAAUUAUUACUAUGAGUGAGGAUCUGAAGAAAACUGGUUCUGUUGGCCAUGAGAAAAUGUCACAAGAGCAACAGGCAAAGAUCAUUGAGGUGAGAAAGCUGAUAGGAAUAUUAUCAGAAAAGGAAACUGUGUAUUGUACUGAUGCAACCAUUUCAAGGUACUUAAAAUCGCAGAAUUGGAAUGUCAAGAAAGCGUCUCAAAUGUUGAAGCAAAGCCUGAAAUGGAGACGGGAGUACAAACCCGAAGAGAUUCGCUGGGACGAGGUUUCUAAGGAAGCAGAGAUAGGGAAAAUGUAUAGAGCGAAUUAUUGUGACAAGCACGGAAGGCCGGUGAUUAUAAUGAGAACAGAUCGCGAGAAUUCGAAGUCGUUGAAAGAAGAGAUUAAGCAUUUUGUUUACUGCAUGGAGAAUGCAGUUUUAAAUCUACCACCUCUCCAGGAACAGGUGGUCUGGCUUGUUGAUUUUCAUGGCUUCAAUUUAUCAAAUGUAUCGUUCAAGAUAACACGCGAAAUUAGCCAUAUAUUACAAAAGUACUAUCCACAGCGCCUCGGAUUGGCAAUCAUGUAUGAUGCACCUGGGAUUUUCCAGCCAUUCUUCGCGAUGGUAAAGGUUCUGCUUGAGUCUGAGAGUUAUAAAAAGGUAAAGUUUGUUUAUUCUAACGACCAAAACACGAAGAAGAUUAUGGAGGGUUUGUUCGAUAUGGAUCAACUUGAACCUGCGUUUGGUGGGAAAAACGACACCGAAUUUGACAUGAAUAAAUAUGCUAAGAGAAUGAAAGAGGAAGAUAACAAGAUGCACUCGUUAUGGACACGGACAAACUCGCUAUCAUUGGCCUCACUCAAUAUUCCUUCUUCUGAUUCAACUGGGUCAGAAGCAGAUUCUGAUGCUUCCAACAAUGAGAAAACACUCGGUUCCUCUAUUCCUAACCCUGAGAAAUCACUUGAAGUAUGAGCUAUGAUGUUCUAGUUUGAAACCUACAUUUAAUGGUGUAAGCUUUAUCUUGGAUUUAUAACAAUAAAUGACUUUUACCUUGUAAAUUUGAAGCUAUGACCUUCAAAAAUCAAAGACAGAAUACAUACUUGCAUUCAGCAGAA